UUUCAUUGCGUGAAUUUUACAGGGAAGAAGGGUCUUUGAUUUCACACACGUUUUGUUUCCAGACGUAAACGUCACUCGUGACGUCAGAGGGAAAAUGGAGGACUGGUGGAAGCUACUUUUUUUUCAGGAAAAUGUUGUGACUGUGACAAACGGAGGAGGAAUAGGCAGGACAAAUGAUGCGGGUUGGGUGCCCAAUGGUAGGAAAAGUGAGAGUUUAAAUCAGAUGGGCGUAUAAAAGCUCUGACGUAGAAGUGCAGGGCAGAAGGUUGUAACCUUUGUAAUCCCAGAGUUUAUCUAGAGAUUAUUUUUGUGUGAGGAAUAAGCGGAUCUGUGUGUUGUGUAAAGGAACUGGCCGGUAUCCUCUAUGUGCACUGACUUUUGAUGAUGGGGAAGAAGCAAGUGAUGCAGAAACAUCUCCGCACAACCAUGGGCGUCCACAGAGGGGGGCAAGAGGGGGCAGUGCCCCCCCCUGGGACUGUGCACAGUGGUGUAACUACCGAGGAAGCAGACCCCGCAGUCGCAGGGGGGCCCGGAGGUACAGGGGGCCCGGCAGGGGCCUGCUUCCUCAGUAUGUGCAACCAGCCAGGAUCAUUUAGGGCAGGGGUGUCCAAACUAGGCUGCAGCAUUUCGCACCACCCCCCUCCCCAGUCGGUGCAGUGGAAGUGGCCAGCGGUGAACAGGAAGCCAGAGAGGGAGCCGGAAGAGGAGCAGAACGUCGCAGCAGCACUUCACAGCGCGCCUGCUGCACUUGAGAAAACUGCUGCCGACUGGGAUCCGACCUCUUACGAUGAUGCCACAGCACAGGCACGCCAACCCGCCUCCCCAUUCCCACUGCAGCAGCCUCCGAAAACCCGACUGGCUGAGGAGGAAUUCCCAAAUGAACUGGGAGUUGAGGAUGAAGACAUAAUUCCAGAUGGGCAUACAAAGAUUCCUGAGCAGAACCCUGCAUUUCUUGCUUCUUCUCUGACAAGCCAGCCAGUCGGCAAACUCUUUGUGGAGAAGAAUCGUAGGUUUCAAGCUGCAGAUCGAUCUGAAAUAAUCAAAACAACAGAACAAAUGGAUGUUUUUCUCGAUGUCAAGCCAACGUGGAGCAGCAUGGAUGUAUCACUCACAGCACACCAUAUCUUUAGGAUGGUUGGUUUAUUCUGCUGUGGAUUCCUCGCUGGUAAUGCCGUCUGGAAUAUUGUUGUUGUUUAUGUUCUUGCUGGUUCUCAACUGACAAAUCUUCCUAAUUUGCUUCAAACGUACAAGAUCUUGGCCUACCCAUCACAGUGCUUCCUUUAUUUCUUAUUGGUUCUCAGCACAGUUACGGCUUUUGAUAGGAUUGAUUUGGAAAGAGCAGCAGAUGCACUUCGUGGGCUCCUUAAACUUGACCCUGCAGCCGUGGCUUCAUUCUUUUAUUUUGUAGCACUGUUCCUGGUCCUAAGUCAACAAAUGACCAGUGACAGAAUGAACUUCUACACACCUCCAACACAAAAUGGCAGCCUAUGGCAGACAGAUACAGAAGGGCAGAUUCUUCAGCCGUGGAUCGUAAUAAAUUUAGUUGUUGCCAUCUUGGUUGGCCUGGCUUGGCUAUUUUUAUCUUGCCGUCCAGACAUAGAUCAUAGUGAAGAGGCGAUGUUUAUUCCUGAAGAGGAGGAUUAUCCAGACAUGGAAAAAGGAAUGAAGAUUCAAGGAUAAAUCAUCAGAACACUUUUACACACUCAUAAUGCCUUUUCUUGUUUUUAUAUUUUGAGUAUUUUUUUUAUAUGUUUUUAUGUUUGAAGAUUUUGAUCUAUUUUUGGACCUUUGUAUGAAAGUAUUGUAUAUUGUGACAUUUUUGAUAAUUUUAAAUAAAUAUUUUGUAUUCUA